CAGUCUCAGCUAAUCUCCUUGUGGAGCUAAGAUGCGUUUUUCUUACAAAAGUGCACACUUUGCUCUUGUUUUAUACGUCCUCAUCACUACUUGCUCAGGCCAAGUAAUCAUCAGAGGAAAUGAGGAACCGCUUACGAUCGGUCUGUCCCGGGACCUCAACUGCAUGUGGAGCGGAGGAGGCAACGUUUCAACGAUUGAAUGGUUCGUUGUUGGUCUGGAGGCCAUGGCCAUCGAGACGGCGACUGAGACGACAUCAGUCGUCCUCACCCUCACUCCUGACGAUGACGGACUGGAUGGAGCGAUGCUCUUGUGCAAAGUAACUCUGUCCAGCGGUCAAGAAGCAGAGGAAACUAUUACUCUCAGUGUUCAAGCAAUUCAAAAUGAAGUUUCUAUUUCCUCAAUGAUGAAUGCAACAGCCGGCCAGCCCUACAUUCUGGUGUGUACAGUCCUAUCAAAGAGUGUAUCCAACUUGAGCUGGAUCGAUCCGAAUGGAGUUGCAUGUCCUCAGGAUGACCCACACAUGACGGUCUCCUACAUUGGCUGUGAGUGAGGGAUUGAGUACCUCGAACUGACAUUCGACUCCAUUAGAACAUCUCAGUGGUGUUUACAAAUGCAUUUCUAAUAUUGUUUUUCCUUCAUCAAAGAGUGAGGAUUCCUUUCUGGUUCAUAUCCAAAUACCUGAGCCGACAGUGAUGAUACUGAGAGCUCCGGAACACCCUGUGCAGCUGUUUACCAAUGACUCUCUGGUGGCUGACAUGUGUAAUAGAACUCAUUCCAGACGUGGAUCUACGUGGCAAUUAACUCUCAAUGGAGGGGUCACUCGUCCCUCACUGAUAGCGAGAGACGGGUCAUAGUGUCCGAUUUAGAGGGAGUUCAACUCUUUUACAACACCUCUGUGACAUUUAGUGCAUUAAAAUCCAGUGACAGUGGUUCCUACACUUGCUCAGCUACUGUUAGCCCCAUCGAACCAGACAGCCAUCUGAUGCAGAGCCAUCUCGUUGAAGAGACUAUUACAAUUCAGUUUGUUUUAAGUGUGACUGUACAGGUGACCUACAGCCCUCCAUCUGCUUUCAUUCUGCCUAGUCCACCCUACUAUCAUCCAACCUCUUCUGUGACAUUAACAUGUCGUGCUCACCAUGCCACUGGUUCUGUGACCUACCGAUGGUCCUCUACUUGCAGUAGCUGCUUUGCAAGUAGUGGUACAUCUCAAGCAAUCAGUGAUUCAAUGCUGCAAUCAAAUGAUGCUGGAGUUCAUACAUGUACAGUUACUGACAGCAAUGGCAAUACUGGAAGUAACAGUACAGAAAUGAGACUAAUCGGUUCUGGAAUAUAUGUCCAAACAAGUCGGAAUCUAACACUGCUGCGUUAA